GGAGCACCUGACGUGACUGUUGGGGACAGUGUGGCAGUGCCGCUGACUGAAUGAACGAGUGGACACCAGAGGCCACGGCCAUGCUCUCUGCCCGUAGGUCACCCACCAUGUCCACCCUGCUGGACAUCAAGAGCAGCGUGCUCAGGCAGGUGCAGGUGUGCCCAUCCUUCCGCCGGAGGACCGAGGAGGAGCCGGGGAGCGCCAGCACCGACCCGCAGGAGGCCGCCACGGAGGCCUGGAAACCUGGGGACGGCGUGGAGUUCUUCGCCCAGAUGCGCCUCAUCCUGAAGAAGGGGGAAGGGAGACAGAGCCUGCCGUGCCCCGAGGUGAGGAUAGGGCUCGGGCACUGCUGCCCAGCAUGGGGGAUCCCUACCCUUGGAAGCCCUCACCCCAGUACCCCUUCACAGGUCCUCUUGCGCAGCGGCUCACCAGCCCCUGCUGAGCCCGUGGACCCCAGCCGUGGCCUGAGAGCCCUGACCCAGGAGGAGGUGGAGAUGCUCUAUGAGGAAGCCUUGUACACGGUCCUUCACCGCGCAGGGACCAUGGGCCCUGACCAGGUGGACGACCAGGAGGCCCUACUGAGCUACCUUCAGCAGGUGUUCAGCACCAGCCCUGAGGAGCACGCCGAGGCGGUUGAGCACGUGAAGAAGGCCAAGGCCCCCACGUACGCCCUGAAAGUCUCCGUCAUGCGUGCCAAGAACCUGCUGGCCAAAGACCCCAACGGCUUCAGUGACCCGUACUGCAUGCUGGGCAUCCUGCCGGCCUCAGGGGCCCCGCGGGAGCAGGGCUCACACAAGGAGCAGCGCUUCAGCUUCCGCAAGGGCAGCAAGCGUGGCGGCCCGCUGCCGGCCAAGUGCAUCCAGGUCACCGAGGUCAAGAGCAGCACCCUGAACCCCGUCUGGAACGAGCACUUCCUCUUUGAGAUCGAGGAUGUCAGCACUGACCAGCUGCACCUGGACAUCUGGUAUCGGCCCCUGUGCCCUGUAGGGCAGGGGGUGUGGGGCGCCUCUGGUCUGGGGGGAGCAGGAGCGGGCACUCAGGGCCGGGCUGGGCUCCAGACAAGCCAGGACCCCCCUUGCCCCACCCCCAGGGACCAUGACGACGAUGUGUCCCUGGUGGAAGCAUGCAGGAAGCUGAAUGAAGUCAUUGGCCUGAAGGGCAUGAGCAGGUAUUUCAAACAGAUUGUCAAGUCAGCCCGCGCGAAUGGGACAGCAGGGCCCACGGAGGACCACACCGAUGACUUCCUUGGGUGCCUCAACAUACCCGUCAGGGAGGUGCCUGUGGCUGGCGAGGACCGCUGGUUCAAGCUGGAACCGCGCUCCAGCGCCUCCCGUGUGCAGGGAGACUGCCAGCUGGUCCUCAAGCUGAUCACCACACAGAGGGACACAGGCAUGAGCCAGCGUGGGCGGUCAGGCUUCCUGUCCUACCUGCUGCUGCUCAGCCGUCUGCUGCAGUUCGAGCACCGAGCGGAGGAGCCCAACUCGAGCAGCUGGCGCGGCGAGCUCAGCGCGCCUGCGGCCACCGUGCUCUGCCUACACGGGGCGCAGAGCAACCUGUCUGUGCUGCAGCUGGCGGUGCUACACUGGCAGGUCAGCAGCCGCCAUCAUCAGACACGCACCCUGGACUACGCCUACCUGCUGGGGCUGCUGGAGGACAUGCAGGCGCACUGGGAGGAGGCGGCCUCGCUGCCCCAGGAGCAGGAGGAGAGCCUGGCUGACAGCUUCUCCGCCUUCUCCGAGUUCGGGCUGCGGCUGCUGCGCCAGCUCCGAGACUACUUCCCUGCCACCAACAGCACAGCUGUCUACCGCCUGGAGCUGCUGCUUAAGUGUCUUGGCAAGCUGCAGCUCUUCCAGCCUGCCUUUGAGAUCUGCCCUUUCGAGACGGAGCUCAACAUGGACAUCGCUGCUGCCCUGAAGAGAGGCAACCGCGAAUGGUACGACAGACUCCUGAACACCAAGAGUCCUCGAGAGCAGCCGGGGCCACAGCGCCUCGUGGGGCUGGUGGCGCUGGCUGACACCGUCUAUGAAGACCUGCAGUCCUGCUACGGCAUCUACGCCAGCCUGUUCCACAGCAUUGUCAAGGUCGACUUCUUCACCCUCACCUUCCGGCAGCUGGAGCGCCUGGUGGCCGAGGAGGCGUGGGUGCUGACGGAGGAGCUGAGCCCCAAGAUGACCCUGGAGGUGGCCUCAGGGCUGUUUGAGCUCUACCUGACCCUGGCGGACAUCCAGCGCUUCUGGAGCAGCAUCCCGGGCCGGGACAGCCGCUCCCUCGCCCUGGCCGGCAUCCAUGCCCCGUUCCUGCCCGCUGUGAAGCUUUGGCUGCAGGUGCUGCGGGAUCAGACCAAGUGGAGGCUUCAGGGAGCCGUGGAUGUGGACACGCUGGAGCCUAUGGAUGCCUCCUCCAAGCACAGCAGCUCUGCAGCCACUGCAAGCCUCUGCUUCAGCCACACCCAAGACCUGUGGGCCCGCCUGGCAUGGCCAGACCCUGCCCAGGCCCAGGUGCUGGGCACCCAGCUUGGCCAGGACCUGUGUGAGGCUGCCCUCUUCUACACCCAGCUGCUGCGGAAGAAGGUGGAUGCUCAGCCUGGGGCCACGGGCGAGGCAGUGAGCGAGCCGCUCUGCGUGGUCCUCAACAACGUGGAGCUCCUGCGCAAGGCUGCCGGGCAGGCACUGCGGGGUCUGGCGUGGCCAGAGCGGGCUGCAGGGCUCGAGGGAGUGCUCCCACGCCCCCUGCUCAGCUGCACGCAGGCCCUGGAUGAGGACCUGCAGCAGGAGGCCCACACCGUGACGGCGCACCUGACCUCCAAGAUGGUGGGGGACAUCAGGAAGUACGUGCAGCACAUCAGCCUCUCGCCUGACUCCAUCCAGAACGACGAGGCCGUGGCCCCGCUCAUGAAGUACCUGGAUGAGAAGCUAGCCCUGCUGAACGCCUCGCUGGUGAAGGAGAACCUGAGCAGGGUGCUGGAGGCCCUCUGGGAGCUGCUCCUGCAGGCCAUUCUGCAGGCGCUGGGCGCAAACCGCGACGUCUCUGCCGACUUCUACGGCCGCUUCCACUUCACGCUGGAGGCCCUGGUCAGUGUUUUCCACGCUGAGGGACAGGGUCUGCCCCUGGAGAGCCUGAGAGAUGGAAGCUACAAGAGGCUGGCGGAGGAGCUGCGCCUGCACAGGUGCUCCACCCGCGAGUGUAUAGAGCAGUAUUACCUGGACAAGCUCAAGCAGAAGUCCCUGGAGCAGAACCGGUUCGGGCGCCUGAGUGUCCGCUGCCACUACGAGGCGGCCGAGCAACGGCUGGUGGUGGAGGUGCUGCACGCUGCAGACCUGCUCCCGCUGGACGCCAACGGCCUGAGCGACCCCUUUGUGAUUGUGGAGCUGGGCCCUCCACACUUCUUCCCGCUGGUCCGCAGCCAGAGGACCCAGGUCAAGAGCCGGACGCUGCACCCCGUGUACGACGAGCUCUUCUACUUCUCCGUGCCAGCAGAGGCGUGCCGCCGCUGUGGCGCCUGUGUAUUGUUCACGGUCAUGGACCACGACUGGCUGUCCACCAACGACUUCGCGGGGGAGGCAGCCCUCGGCCUGGGCAGCAUUGGUGGCGUCGCGCGGCCCCAGGUGGGAGGGAGUGCGAGGGCUGGGCAGCCCAUCACCCUGCACCUGCGCCGGCCCAGAGCCCAGGUGAGGUCUGCACUGAGGAUGCUGGAGGGCCGCGCCAACAAGGAGGCACAGGAGUUUGUCAAGAGACUCAAGGAACUUGAGAAGUGCAUGGAGGCGGACCCUUGAGCCCCCUGCGGCUGCCAGCCUCUGGCCCUCACCAAGUCACCAUGGUGUCGUCUUGCCCUGUGGUCAGCUUUGUGCAGCCCUGCUGCGUGGCAUGCAUGCUAUGGCUGGGCACCCCGGCCCGUCUGCCUGGCUGUGUCCCUGUGGCGUGUGCUGUGAAUCCCUUGUGCCCAACAAGCCCCGCCCCACCCUGGAUCUGGGCAGUCAACUUGGUGGGGCUUGGCCAGCAGCUGCCCCCCUGGACGCAGAGCGGAGUGGGCCUGGCCACCAGGUGAGCUGUCCCACCUGGUCCCUUGGGUUCCAGACAUGGCGCGAGGGUGCUGGUCUCAGAGCAACAUUCUCAGUGGGGUGGCUCUGCCCCCCAGGGGACCUUAGACCACGCCUGGAGACACCUUUGGUGGUCACUACUAGAAGUGAAGGCAGUGCUACUGGCGCCAGCAGGUAGAGGCCAGGGAUGCUGUCUGACAUCCUGCAGUCAACCAGCAAGCACCCUCCCCCCAACAAAGAAUGGUCUAGCCCCAGUGUCACCAGUGCCACAGAGAGCCUGUCCUAAACGAAGCUCUGUCCUUUCUCUCUCCUGGGGGCGGACAAGGCCUCACUAGGCAGAGAGGCAGGAAGGCCUGGGUUUGAGUCUGGACAACUCAAGCUUUGGAGGGAAACAGCUCCCAGAGCCCCAGGUGGAGGGAGAAGAUGAGUGUCCGCAGCGUCCUCACCCUCUCCUGGCUCCAGAAUCCUCCACCCAGAGGGCAUGCUGAGGGAGAUUUGCUAAGAACUACAUCAGUCUCCAGUCCUUACCUGGCUCUUAGGCACAGAAGAGGGUCCCCUGGGGUUACUGUGAGACUGAGGACGCCACCCAAGGCUGACGCAUCAGUGUAAGGGACUCGGUACCAAGCGGCUGGCUGUACAACUUCUCCUGUCACGUACAUACGUGCCCCCACCAGACCUACUCCACGGCCUGCCGUCCCCAUGGCCCAGAGCCUUCCA